CGCAACUGGGGGCGGGGCGUGUGAGAAAUCGUCACUGGGGACGGAGAACGCAACUGGGGCCGGGGCGUGUGAGAAGUCGUCUCUGGGGACGGAGUUGGAUCUAACCCUAAAGUUGCAGUGCUUUGGAGUUUUUCCCGCAUAACUUAUUUAACUACACGAUGUACUUUCAAAUCAUUUGUAUUUCUUGGUUUCUACAUCAAUCUCGUCGGUGGUGUCGUUGUGAUUUAGAUUUUUGAUGUCUGAACCUAAGAUACAUGCAGAACAUUUAUCAUGGUGAAUCUGCUGCUGAUGCUGGGUUUGAUCACUUACAGCGCUCAGUUUAAAACCUCCUCUAUAUCUGUGUCAGGAGAAAAGAGAGGAAACAUCACAGUCAGAUGUGAACAUGAGGACAAUAAUAUUGAUCUGAUUGAUUUAUUCACUCCGUCAAAAGAAAUAGAAGUGUGUGAGACUGAAGAAUGUAGUGGACGAGUGUUUAAAGAAGGAAACUGUGACGUCGUCAUCAAGAAUCUGAUCUUCAGUGACGCUGGGAAAUACACUUUGAGAAUCUAUUACAAUAAUGAUCAGACAGAGCUGAAGUACCAACUUCAUAUUCAUGAUGAGAUUUCUGUGAAAGCAGGCGAGGAGCUAAAGAUGUCUGUUCUGGUGUCUGAUGCUGAUAAAGUGAAGACAAACUCUAGUGGAGAGUGGAAGGAGGUUUGGACGAGAGAUCACGGGGUUCAGAGCGACCGGAUGAAUGAUGAUAAUGAUGGAAACCUGAUCAUUAAAUCAUUUCUGGACAGUGAUGCAGGAACAUACAGAGUUCUGGACACUGAAGGAGAAAUCUUGAUCACAGUCACAGUCAGAGGUGAGAGAAACUCAGGUAGAAAAUCAACGGAAAAACUGGAUGACACUGAUGAAGACAAAACUGAAGACACUGAACAUCACAAGAACUGGAUUGUGUCAGUUGUCGUGUGUUUGGUGAUUUCGGCUGUGUUUGUGAUCGUGAUUUCUGUCAUCAAAUGGAGACGGCAGCACAGAGAUCACACACAGGUUCCAGUAUGAGAGAAUACAGGAGAAAUCUAGUAUGCAGUUAGUAUUUACCGAGCAAACAGGUCUGUGGAUGAUGCAAUCAACAUGGGAUUGCACUUCAUCCUGCAACAUCUGGACAAAACAGGGACUUAGGCCGGUGACACACUGGCUGCGUGGCGUGAGCGCCGCGUG